GAAAAGGGAUUAGUCGCAAUCUGAACGCGGCGUUGAGCGUUUCGAGGAAAAAAGACAAAUUUUCAAAAUUCACAUUUAUUCAUUUAUACAUUUUUUUAUUCUUCUCCGUCAGUAUUUUUUUUUUUCAGAGUCUCUUUUAUUUUUUACAUUCAUUUUCGUUAAUCAAGAGAAUAUCUAAAAUUAAAUACACGCUUGAAACUAUUUUUAAUUUUUUAUUAUCUCUUCUAAGUCGGCGCCACGAAGCUUGGUUCGAAAACUUGAAUUCGAGUGUUUAUUAUUAAUGCCAACGGAUUCGUGAAAUUUAUUUGAUUUUAGAAAAAUUUCAUUUUUUAUAUAAAGAAUAAUUUUUUUAAAUAAAGAAUUUAUUUUUUAAUUGUUAAAAAGCGAAUUAGACGCUUUUGGUAUUUAACGCUCAAUUGGGAUAAUCAACACACUGAGUGAGGAUGAUCGAGUGAUUUCACGGGAAGUGUGAGCAGAAGGAGAUAGAGGAGGAGGUGGUGGAGAUUGGAGCGUUUCCGUUUGUGUUCAUUUCUGACUGAUUUACACUUUACCGUAACCAAAAAGUGAUAGCGGGUUUCGAAAAAAAAAAUGAUAAUUAAAGUGUGAGAGUGAGAAAGUGAUAAAUUCUCAAGUGAAAUGACAGUGUUGUGCAUUUUUUGGGCGACGUUGUCGACAGUCGCGUCGAUUCUUGCAUGCUCUGGAUUUUAUCUGCCUUAUUGGAUUCAGGGACGACUUCUGGGAAAAGCAGACGCUUAUUUCAAUUCAUUUCGGCGCUGUAAUUAUCCUCGAAUCAGAGCACCCAACGCUAUUCCAGAAAUAGUAUAUGAAUGUGCAAGGUACAGCAGUUUUUGGGACAUUCCAAGUCCAUGGUGGCAAGCAACGACAGUCACUAUUGGUAUUGGAGUAGCCAUUGCUGUGAUUGGAGCGCUUACGCUUUUGGCAGCAGCAUCCUCUUUUCUUCCACAUGUUCUUAAGACUCCGAAGCAUACUCGGGCUCUUGGAUCUCUUCAGCUUUUAUCUGCAGUGAUGAUAUGCGGGGGACUCGUGAUGUACCCGAUUGGAUGGGAUAACCGAGAAGUCAGAGAAUCCUGCGGCAGAUCCGCAAAUGUCUACAAUCUUGGAAAGUGCUCGGUAUCUUGGUCGAGUCAUCUCAUGGUUGGUUCUGUGGCUUUACUCAUGCUGUGCUUUGCACUGAGUUUCUGUGCUGCUCGACAUAAGCCGUCUCAUCCACACUCGGAUCCCCUGCGCAUUUGACAAUCAAGGUAUUCACAAUCGAUUCACGCGUACUCAUCACCCAAGACAACUACCCUCUCAUUCGUGACAGUCUGUUGAUCCAAAGGAACGACGACACUUUCUUCCAACUAUAUUUUCCCAAAAAAAAAAAAAAAAAAAUGAAAAUAAACUCUCCACAAAAGCGGAUUAAGAAAUACGAAUUUCGAAUAUUUUUUUCGAAAAAUUCAAAACGUAAAACAAGAAUAACAAAAAUAUUCUCAUUGUGAGAAUAUUUCGAAAAAUUCGAAAUGUAAAACGAGAAUAACGGAAAUAUUCUUAUUGUGUGUGUGAGAGAGAGAGAAAGAGAGAAGCGUCACACGCGGAUUAGAUUGCAUAAUUAGCAUCUGACCAAAAUGCGAUUCAAUUUAAUCGCCGCGACUAUGCUGUAAAAAAAAUUUAUUUCAUUCAAAUAAUCGACUAUUUUCAAAUAUAUAUUUCUCUGUAUUAAAUAAUUUGUAUUAAAUAAUUAUUAUUUAAUUAAAUAUUAAUUAUAUAAUACAAAUAAAAAUUGUAUUUGCUUCAAAUACACGCAUAGAGAAAUGAUAUAUCUG